AACUAGACAGGCCGAUCCUCCCCAGCGGCACUCCCUUUCAUUCUUCCCCUCCCACCACACACACACACACACACACUCACACACACACACCCGGACCCAGACAGCCCACUCCACUUUCCAGACGCCCACCUCCUACAUACUCCCCUCCCCUAAACAGACAUUCACCCACUCGCCAUCUGUAGCCUCCUUCCGCCCCCCGCCCCGCCUGCCUGGCUCCCCCUCCCCAAGAAGCAGACCUGCACAGUGGGACGCAGGGACCCCCGCCAGACGCUCGGGUCGUGCACGCCGCACUGACCUCGGCCCGCCCCGCCGGGAAACUAACAAAGGCAGGCGCGAGCCCGGAGCCCAGGAGCCGCGAGCGGCGGCCGCGGGGCCAGGGAGCCUGGGCCGGGCCGGGCGGGGACUACUCCGGAGUCAGGAGGCAGCAGCUGCGGAGGACGCGGAUCUCUGGCAGUCAGCGCCGCUCGGACGCUGCCGGCACCAUGGGCUGCUGCACCGGACGCUGCUCCCUCAUCUGCCUCUGCGCGCUGCAGUUGAUCUCAGCAUUAGAGAGGCAGAUCUUUGACUUCCUUGGUUUCCAGUGGGCUCCUAUUCUUGGAAAUUUUCUGCACAUAAUAGUUGUCAUAUUGGGUUUGUUUGGAACCAUUCAGUACAGACCUCGAUACAUAAUGGUGUAUACUGUGUGGACUGCCCUCUGGGUCACCUGGAAUGUGUUCAUUAUCUGCUUUUAUUUGGAAGUAGGUGGACUCUCAAAGGACACCGAUCUAAUGACAUUCAAUAUCUCUGUACAUCGGUCAUGGUGGAGAGAACAUGGGCCUGGUUGUGUCAGAAGAGUGCUGCCUCCCUCAGCCCAUGGCAUGAUGGACGAUUACACGUACGUCUCUGUCACAGGCUGCAUCGUUGACUUCCAGUACCUGGAGGUCAUCCACAGUGCUGUCCAAAUACUACUCUCUUUGGUGGGUUUUGUGUAUGCCUGUUAUGUGAUCAGUAUUUCCAUGGAAGAAGAAGACACAUUUGAUUUCAUAGGUGGACUUGAUACACACUCCUACUACCAGGAUCAUGUUGAGUUAAAGCCUGUUAAACCAGUCGAAAUAAGUAAUGACAUUGAACCAGAAAUGCGGCUGCUGAACUUGACUUAGGGAGCAAAGGACCAUUGACUGCGCACCUCGGUGGAUCCGACCCGCCUCACGUUCCUUCCAGAGGCUGGACUGUGCUUCCUGGCUUUCCCACGAAUCAUGGAGUUCUUUGGUCACAGCCUUUGUAUUAUUAGCAUUGUUCUCUAGAUGAGUUCUAGGUGCUUCGGUGGGUAAUUUUUUAGUUGUUUCCUUCUUAUACGAACACUUGUAAAUUGUAAAAAAAAAAAAAAGAAAAAACAGAAUUUGGUUUUAAAUUUUUAACAAUAUUUAAUGUGAGGCAUGCAAAAUGAAAAAUCAAAUCUGUGAAAACCUUCUACAGUCAAUUCUAAGAGAAAUCUCAGUGUGUGCUGUGGAGAUACUAAGUCAGCACUGCUGACUGUUGAAGUUAUUCUAGGCCUGAUGAAUUUGUUUUAGCAGACAUUACCUUUGGUUAUCAGCCACCAAAGUAGACCCUGUGACAGCUGAUAAAUGGGUACAAAUAAUAGAUUCAGCUUUUGAAUUGAAUAUGGGUAAUUUUUUCGAUGCCAUAAAACAAAACAUGGAAUCCUCCUUUGUUCUUGACGUCUUAAAACCCAGAACAAUAUUAUGGCAAUAUAAAUUUUCAGACUUGUGCAUAUCUUGUUUUUCCUGAUAUACACACACACACACACACACACAUAUAUAUAUACACAUAUUGUGGGCACAUGGAAGAAUAAAAGGAUUAGUAGAGCCCCUUUCCCCUUUGGAGGGAAUAUGGGUAUCUCUGAGGUCCAUAUUUUCUACUCAUUAUUCCAUUCCUGACACUGCUGUCAGACCUAAACAUACAGCUCAUACAGCUUGGGGGACAGAAAUCACAAACAUAGACCUGCAGUCAGGAACUUUGCUCUUAGGGUAUUCAAAAGAAGCCUGAAACUACUGUGACAUUCUUUAUAAAUACUUCUACAGGAGAAUUCACGUUUGAGCAACAUCAGCUUUUCUUUCUCCUACUCCUUCCCAAAAAUGAAGAAAAUGAUAUGGGAAGCAAUUAUUGGUGGAAAAAAGAAGUGUCUUGAAAAUGCAUCACAGUUGUGUUUUUUAACUGGCACAAAAUUUACAUAUGGUAAAAUGCACAAAUAUUAAUGGUAUGAUUUGUUUAGUUUUGAAAAAUGUACAUAUCCAUGUAACCAAGGCCUCAAUCAAAAUGCGGAACAUUUCCGUCACUUUAGAAAAUUCCCUUAUGCCCUCUUUCAGGCAAUGCCUUCAUUCUCAUAGACAACCACUGUACUAAUUUUCGUCAUCACUGAUAAUUUGGUCUGUUCUAAAUAUAAAAUAUAUACUCUUUUCACAUCACUUUUGCCCACACUUCUCAAUCACUAUUUUUUAUAUGAAAAUAAGUUUUGCUCACUUCAUGUAACAACCACAGUGAAGCUCCCUGUAGGCCAGAAAGUUGUGAAUAUGUGGUUGUUAACUCAGCCCGUGCAUCUCUAAGAAGUCAGUCUAUUAACCACCUAAAACUGUUACAAAUGUUUGUAUGUGUGUAAAAGUCUUCUUUUCUUCUUGUUCUUCUUUUGGAGCCUGUAGAUUUCAUGAGACUCUGUUAAGAAUCAGAGUUUAAUGUGACAAAAUUUGCCUUCAUUCCUCCAAGCUCAUCACAACCACGGUGAGCCAUUUGGAGACCUAAUUUACUCACUAGCCUCCAGAUUACACCCCUUUAAUCCACUGGUACCCACAAACUCCCAUCACUUUUUAUUCCACUUAAUACAUCCAAAGUCAAAUAAAGAAAAGCUGGCAGGGACUUUGAAGAUGGUGGAAUCCAAGCCACUAUUCUGCAGAUGAGGGGGCUGAAGCCUAAGGGAUUUGGUGAACUUGUCCAGAGCCUGUAUCUGUACACAGUGUCAAGAGCCAUAGCCAGUGGACAGAGAACAUGGGAGCAAAAGUUGGGGUUUGGGUCCCAUCUACCACCGUGUUCUUGGACAGUGUUUGACAUCUCUGCACUACAGUUUUCCUCAUCUAUGAAAUGGAACUGUGAUCCCUACCUCCCAAAGGUGAGGUGAGAAUUUAAUGAAAAAUGUAAAAAAAAAAAAAAAAAA